GAGCGGCGGCGGGCCGGGUUCGCGUCCAGCUCCGGCGGGGGCGCGGGUGCGAGCGCGGGGCCGGGAGCGGACGGCCGGGGUGCGGCGGCUGCAGCGGAGGGCACAGCGGCCGGCCGCCAUGUCCAGGAAGAAAACCCCCAAGAGCAAGGGGGGCAGCACGCCCGGCGCCUCCGCGCUGCCCGCCGCCAACGGGCCCCGGCCGGUGCGCCCGGGCUCCGGCGCGCCGCCCCACGCGCCCCCGCUGCCCGGCCGGCCCUCGCUGGGCAGCAGCGGCGACUUCUACGACGUCGCCUUCAAGGUCAUGCUGGUGGGGGACUCGGGCGUGGGGAAGACCUGCCUGCUCGUGCGCUUCAAGGACGGAGCCUUCCUGGCCGGGACCUUCAUCUCCACUGUGGGCAUCGACUUCAGGAACAAGGUCGUGGAUGUGGACGGCGCCAAGGUGAAGCUGCAGAUGUGGGACACGGCUGGCCAGGAGCGCUUCCGCAGUGUCACCCACGCCUACUACCGGGACGCUCAUGCGCUGCUGCUGCUCUACGACGUCACCAACAAGUCCUCCUUCGACAACAUCCAGGCCUGGCUGACAGAGAUCCAGGAGCACGCCCAGCGCGACGUGGUGCUCAUGCUGCUGGGGAACAAGGUGGACUCCGCCCAGGAGCGUGUGGUGAGGAAGGAGGAUGGGGAGAAGCUGGCCAAGGAGUAUGGGCUGCCCUUCAUGGAGACCAGCGCCAAGACGGGCCUCAACGUGGACCUGGCCUUCACGGCCAUAGCCAAGGAGCUGAAGCAGCGCUCCAUGAAGGCCCCCAGCGAGCCCCGCUUCCGGCUGCACGACUACGUGAGGAGGGAGGGCCGUGUGGCCUCCUGCUGCAGGCCCUGAGCGGCCACUGGCCCUGGGAGGGGCUUCCCGACAGACUUCAGGGAUUCGGGUCCCCUUAACCGACUGCUGGAGGGCCCCGUAUGGGCCUUGGCGUUCUGCUGCCCCCUCCUGGCCACUCCUGCCCAGCACCUUGCCCUCCGAGAGUGCAAGGAGAGGCCUUCCUCUCCUGCCACCUUGCAACAGGCUGAGGCUGUGGCUUCCGGAGAGCACUUGGGAAACCAGACAUGCCAGGGGACUGGCAGCCAUGGGUGCCAGCCAUGUAGACCAUGGAGCCAGCUUCCAAGCCAGCCUCACCUCCAGCCUUCCUUUGUACAGCCCUGGAGAAUAAAGGCGUGUUUUCUGGGG